AUUUUGUACGUAGCUGGCGGUGAUUCAGGGUUUGCUUUCCCGGUUUAGUGUUUAUUGCGAGAAAAACCUAGAAACUUUAUUCAAAUUGACUUUGUUUAUUGACUGUGGACAAGACAAAUCUUUUUGUGACUAUAAUUUACUGUUUACUGUUGUGCUUUCGUGAUUUGUGAGUGCCCUGUAUCUGGAGCGCGUGGCUGGUGAUUCUUUGUUGUUGGAUUCUGCAUUUAAAACGGUAAGGCCGUGUCCAAUUCGUUCAGUAGCAACUCUGGCACCGAGCCGUCAAAGGUGUAAACUGGUUGCAGACGGCGAAUAACACAGCUUGGACCCAAAAGUGUUAAGUGCGGACUUGUGCCGAGUGAGUUGGGUGCGGUCUCUGCGUGUGAUUUCGGCAGUGCGGUGUAUAAUUAGUGUGUGCAGUGCGCGGAAGUGUGGUGAAAUAGUGCGCGCGUCCGUGGUGGCGCCGACGCGAGUGUCAAGUCAAUGCCGGUGCGCCGAUGGAGCGGUGAUCGCGGCCUGACUACGUCACAAGAGCAGCGCUGGUGACGCGCUGCGGAGCGGUGGUUAAAGCGGCUCUGCCGCUUUAAAUGGACAAACGCAAGAUGAUGCCAAAGAGAGCGCGUAUGGAUAGCAUGCGGGGUCCCAUUGCUAACGGACCCCUGCAAUCUAGGCCCCUAGUGGCGUUAUUAGACGGUCGCGAUUGCACCGUCGAGAUGCCAAUACUGAAGGAUGUCGCGACAGUCGCGUUUUGCGACGCCCAGUCCACGUCGGAGAUACACGAGAAGGUGCUGAACGAGGCUGUAGGGGCACUGAUGUGGCACACUAUCAUUCUCACCAAGGAGGACCUCGAGAAGUUCAAAGCGCUGAGGAUCAUAGUGCGCAUCGGUUCCGGCGUGGACAAUAUAGAUGUCAAAGCGGCCGGAGAACUGGGUAUAGCCGUAUGUAACGUUCCGGGUUACGGUGUUGAAGAAGUGGCUGACACGACGAUGUGUCUCAUAUUGAACUUAUACCGGCGGACAUACUGGCUCGCGAAUAUGGUGCGGGAAGGAAAGAAAUUCACAGGUCCGGAGCAGGUGCGCGAGGCGGCGACGGGGUGCGCGCGCAUCCGCGGCGACACGCUGGGCAUCGUGGGGCUCGGCCGCAUCGGCUCGGCCGUCGCGCUGCGCGCCAAGGCCUUCGGCUUCAACGUCAUCUUCUACGACCCCUACCUGCCCGACGGCAUCGAGAAGUCGCUCGGCCUCACCAGGGUCUACACGCUGCAGGACCUCCUAUUCCAGAGUGAUUGUGUGUCAUUGCACUGCAGCCUAAACGAGCACAAUCAUCACCUCAUCAACGAGUUCACUAUCAAACAGAUGCGUCCAGGCGCGUUCCUGGUGAACACUGCCCGCGGCGGUUUAGUGGACGACGAAGGCCUGGCCACCGCAUUAAAACAAGGUCGAAUUCGUGCCGCCGCACUUGAUGUACACGAAAACGAGCCUUUCAAUGUUUUCCAGGGUCCGCUGAAGGAGGCGCCGAACGUGCUGUGCACACCGCACGCGGCGUUCUACUCGGACGCGUCGGCGCAGGAGCUGCGCGAGAUGGCGGCGUCGGAGAUCCGGCGCGCCAUCGUGGGCCGCAUCCCCGAGUGCCUGCGCAACUGCGUCAACAAGGACUACUUCCUGGCCGGCGCGGCGCCCGUGCUGGGCGCGCCCGCGCCGCCGCUGGCCGCGCCCGCGCAGUACACCGACGCGGUCAACGGCGGCUACUACGGCGGCGCGCAGGCCGCGCACUCCACCACCGUGCACGAGCCCGCGCUGCCGCCGCAGCCCGCGCCGCCGCCGCAGCCGCCGCAGCCGCCCAUCUCGCUCCCAAUCAAUACUUCGGACCCGGCCAACCACCAGAUGACCAAGCAGGAGAGCUCCGACGUCCACUAGGCGAUGACAUUACGCUACGUUGCAGUACCGUACGAGCGCCGAGCGACAGACAAAAAUACAAACAAUAGUUUUAUUGAUUCCAUCGCAACUAUGUCAUAAGUACCUAUGUCGUAAGCCAACGAGUGAUAUAAACCAUGUGGGGGCGACGUUUGCAUUGGGACACGGCUUUGUAUGGCUGUACUCGAGAUGUAGAAACAGAGAGGUGUCUAAUUCAACUGAAAGGAACAAUUGGGUAAAUGGCAUUCCACCGUAAAAAGGAUAUUAGUUGGCUACAAUUUCUGAGGAGUUUUUAUAUAUUUUUGCAACGCCCAUUUGGUUACCGAAGCGGACUCUGUAGACAGUAAACGCUAAACAAUGCUUGAACGGAACAGUGCACUAAUUCUUGUGUGUUUUUGUUGGCUUGUGAAAAACUGAGAUAAUUCAUUUAACCCGCUGCAAAAUGUGACAGUGCAAACGUCGCGGUAUAAAAACAUUUGAGCGAAUAGUUGAUUCUGUGUUUGUAUUUGGUAAGUUGGGACAGCUAUAAAUAUAACUGUUAUGUAAUAUGCGUGUGACAUAGUGGACCGAUGUGUGUGUGGACGGGUUGAUUGAGGGGCUGGUGGUGUUCAGAUGCAUUAGUCACGAGUAUGGCUAAGGAUUAUUUUGUUGUUUAUAUUGUCUAUGACAUUUGCUAUUUCCUUGCUUAUGGACAUUGAAAUUAUAGAAAGCAUUUUAUUACAAGUUUCUUCUCUUUAACAUAUGUUUAUAUUUGUAUAAUUUGAUAAGGCAGUUUUGAAAAUGUAAUCCUUGCUAUACUCGUAAUACCAAUGAGACUCGACCGAGUGAUUAAGGACAUUUUAAUAUUCCAUGGGGGUUUUGGUGGGAACUUGACCGGCGGCGGUUUGCUGCUCCUGUAUUAUUGUUUAAAUAACGGUUUCAAGUGGAUUUUCAUAUGUAAAACUGGUGGGAUUUUGUGUAUUAAAUGUCUGCACAUGUGAAUUAUUAGUGGAAACGGUGAAACAAGUGCUCUGAUGGUGAUGUGAUUCUCAAGAUAAGGUGUCUGUCUGCUUAGGCGCCUUGAGAUAUCAUUGCCAACUGUCAGCUGUCUGCUGGCUCAAGUUACCGUCACAAUCUCCCAAGAGCUGCACAAUGUGACGCAUCAACAUAUUGUGAAGCAGUGUACUAUGAAGGAUAAUUAUACAUUGUAACUUCAGGUUCAGAAGAGCUAGAACCCAGAGCCGUAAAGCCAGUUAUAAAAAAAUUAAUAUUCCAUUUGAUGUUAUGUUAGCAAGUUGCUAUAUAAGUUUAUAGAUUCGUAGUUCAUUAAGGCUGCGCAUAUGUAGUUGCCAUGCAAUAAUAGAAUGUGGACAUGUGUGCUGUGGGUAUAAAUUGUUUGUUGUUCUUACACAAAUAAAGUGGAGGCAUGUAUGUUUUGAGAAGUGUGACUAGGUAAAUAGUGUCAUAGGUGUUUUAUGUGAAAAGUUAUAAUUGGGGAUUUUAUGAGAACUUUUUAAACAUUCAACUGUUUAAAAAUUUGUACAAGUUCGUUUUUAGGUACUAUUAGAAAAAUUAAGAUUUUUAAUUGAAAUUGAAAUACUUCAUGUAAUAUACCAUGAAAGGCAUAUUAUAUUAUUUUGAUAUAUAUUUUAAUAUGGAGAUUUUUUAUCAAAAAUACCUUAUGUUUUAUAAAAGAUGCUAUGAGACCACUGAAGAUAUUUGGCUAUGUAAGUAAAGCAUAAAGCUUGAUUUAAUGGUAUAUCACUCGGUCGAGCCUCUAUAUAUAUGUAUAGAAUGGAAACUAGAAAAGUUUAGUAAAGGCCCAGCUGUGGAAAGCAUUUUAACGCAUUUUACCGAGCACCAAACCCAGGUCCUUACUCCAAAUGCAUGCAUUCGAACUGUUAUUUUUAAGUUAUCAACAAGAGGACUGUAGAAUUCUAUCAUCACACUUUAUUAAUGAAAACAGGAGUUCAUGUAUUUUUUUGAAAUGUACAAAAUCACGCUUUUGUUUGAUUACAUUUUUUUUUUCUAAAUAGAGUUUAAGUAAAGGAUUUGUACAUGAGCAAACACCAAUAAGUGGUUAAAUUUUAUGAAUUGGAAAUGCAAUAGCGGGCAAGUCCCAGUAGCCACCUGUUUGGAAAAUCGUGAGAAUUGGUAUUUAAAAUUAGUAUUUACUUACAGUUUAGUUUAAUGACAAAACAAUGUGUAUAUUUUAUGAGAAAGUGAAAGUUCUUAAAUAAAACUAUUGUUUUCGGAUUAAUU